AUGUUGGGGAAGAGGUUGUUUUCCACGGUGAGGGUGCUGCAGCAUGAGAAUCCUUUGGGACUUCCUCGCUCCGGCACUCCGCCCUCUUUCCGCAGUCGUCGCUCACUCCCCGAGAAGCGCAAGAUCCGGGAUGUGAAGAAGGUCAUUGCGGUAUCGUCUGCGAAGGGUGGCGUGGGAAAGUCGACGAUUGCCGUCAACCUCGCCCUCGCCUUCGCCCGUCGCGGCAUCCGCACCGGCAUCCUCGACACGGAUAUCUUCGGGCCUUCCAUCCCAACUUUACUGAAUCUAUCAGGCGAACCUAGACUAGACGACAAAAACUGCCUCCUCCCACUAACCAACUACGGCCUAAAAUCCAUGUCAAUGGGCUACCUCCUCCCCUCUUCUCAAUCCCCAUCCACAACAGAUAGCAGACAACCAAUGGACCCAACGCCCAUCUCCUGGCGCGGCCUAAUGAUCACCAAAGCAAUGCACCAACUCCUCCACAGCGUAUCCUGGGGUCCGCUCGACGUUCUCUUCCUCGACCUUCCCCCCGGGACCGGCGACGUCCAACUAACCAUCAACCAAGAAGUGAUUGUCGAUGGAGCGGUUAUCGUAACCACACCUCAGGAUAUCGCGCUACGGGACGCGGUGCGCGGAAUCGGCAUGUUUCAGCGCAUGGAGGUCCCGGUGUUGGGGAUGGUCAGGAAUAUGGCGUUUUUUGCAUGCCCGGGGUGUGGUUUGCAGACGAGGAUUUUUUCGAAUGGGGGGCAUGGGGGAGGGAGGCUCGGGGUGGAGUUUUUGGGUGAUGUGCCUCUGGAUGCGAGGGUUUGUGAGGAUGCGGAUAGGGGGGUGCCGACUGUUGUUGCGGAGGAGGGGGAGGGGGAGGGGAUGGGGGUGAGGAGGAAGGCGUUUUUGGAUAUUGCGGAGCAGGUUGCUAAGAAGGUGGGGGUUCAGUGGUAG